AUGGCUACGCAAGACCGUGACGAGAAGCGAGGCAGCGAGGAGAUGGCGGACGAGAUGUUUGUUGAGAAGAUCGAUCAGAGGCCGACUGUAAGCACAUAUACAGAAGAUGCUGCGAUGACAAGACGGAUUCUUUUGAAACUUGAUCUCAGGAUUCUUCCUGUUCUUGCACUCCUAUUUCUUUGCUCCUUUCUAGACCGCACGAAUGUCGGUAACGCAAAGCCAUAUGGUUUGGAGAAGACUCUGGGAAUGACCGAUCGUCAAUACGAUACUGGGUUGGCUGUGUAUUAUGCCACUUACAUUGCGAGCGAAAUACCAAGUAACCUUAUCCUGAAGAAAGUGUCACCCAAGAUAUGGCUUCCUGCUCUCACUGUGAUGUGGGGACUGGUGACAAUGUGUCUUGGUUUCGUUCGAAAUUAUCCUGGCUUUGUUGUUGUACGAGCAGUAUUGGGUAUCACAGAAGGUGGACUUUUGCCAGGUAUCGUCUUAUAUCUGUCUUCUAUGUACACUCGUGGCGAGAUGGCCCUUCGCUUGGGAUUAUUUUACACAGCGGCAUCAUUGAGCGGUGCUUUUGGUGGUCUUCUCGCGAGAGGACUCACAUCAAUUGGAGAUGUAGGGGGACAAGCAAAAUGGACCUGGAUUUUUAUUAUUGAAGGGCUUAUAACAAUGCUUGUUGGGACAAUAUCAUACUUCCUACUACCAAACAACGUCGAUACUGCAUCGUUUCUGCGUGAAGAUGAACGCAUCUUUGCGAGAGCCCGUCUCCAUCUGGAUGUCCCAUCCCGAUUAGCCCAAGACGGAAACCCUUCUCAACAUGAGUCGUUUCAAUGGUCCGAGGUUAUGCGAGGCCUCUUCAACAUCUCGACCUGGUUAUCCGCAUCUGCAUACUUUGGUAUCCUAGCAGGACUUUAUUCCUUCGGUCUAUUCCUUCCAACAAUCAUCGUCGAACUCGGCUACACAGCCAACGAAGCACAACUCUGGUCCGUCAUUCCCUACGCAGUAGCCUCAGUCAUCACAGUCGUUAUUUCCAUCCUCUCCGACCGUCUCAAACUUCGAGGAGUGAUCAUGCUUUUCGUUCUCAUCCCCGCAAUCAUUGGAUACGCAGUGAUCGCCAACAUAAGCGCUUCGCACCCCAAGGUCAAGUAUGGAAUGACAUUCUUGAUGGCCACAGGGAUGUACGCAAGCGUUCCAUGUGUGUUAGUCUGGAACUCCAAUAAUUGUGCGGGCCACUACAAACGAGCCACGACGACGGCGCUUCAAUUGGCAAUCGCAAACAGUGGAGGUUUCGUCGCGACGUUUAUUUACCCCGCCAAAGAUAAGCCAAAUUUUCACAAGGGACAUACUGUUGUGCUUGGACUUCUGGUAUCUGCUUGGUUUCUGGUGCUGCUCAAUGUACUUUAUUGCGCAAAAGUCAACAAAGACAAAGAAAAUGGCAAGUACGAUGAAUUCAUUGGGUGCGGAGAUGAUCGAGAUCCAGAUUUCAAGAUGGUUCUAUAA